AUGCGGGUGAAGACGAUUUCGCGCAAUCCGGAGGACUACCAGCGCGAAACGAAGAACGAUAUCUUCAAGGCGCCAAGAAAUUACAAUCUUGCGGAAGACCCGUUCCAAGUUCAAGUGGAAUAUACGAGGGCCGUGAAUGCAGCAAAACUGAACAGGUACGUAUUUCAAGCGAUCCGUGACCGCUGAGUAUUUGCAAAGCCGUUCGUUUCAAAUUUGAGUGGCCAUUGUGAUGGUGUUUCAGUACUCGCCAAGAAUCCGUUUAGGUAUACGCGUUUGUUUUUCUCGACACUUUUUAUUAUGAGACAGAAAUAUCUGACGGAGGAGGAGGGGAAGCGAAAAGAGCUGUUACGAAGUAAAAUUGUUCGAUUAUCCACAAUACUUUCGGGUGGUCGCGAUGGGCAAGUACGGAUGUGGGAUCUGUCGCUCAGUAAAUGCCUAGCGACAAUU